UUAAAGUCUCUGCCAGGAUCCAUGCUCACAUGUUACUUCCUGUAUGGAGGCAUGGCCAGUUUCCAGCCCCGCGCUCCCUGUUCCUCCUCAGCCUGCGCCGGAGCCACAACUUUCAGGAGCAUGGACUGAAGGCGUCCUGGCCCCAGCGCCCCUCUGAGAUCCUUUGUGUUUUCCUCCUGCCGUUUCUAUUUUGGGGGGGCUCUUCGCUCCCCCCGCCUAUCCCCUCCCCUUCCCCGCUCGCAAACAUGCCUCCUUCCUUCCCGGGGCCCUGGAAGGAGCUGCCUGCCUGAAGCCCGGAGACACCGCGCUCAGCCCUGCUCCCGGCCGUCGGCUCUCUGGCUGCGCUGCGCUGCCGACUCAAGUUGGGUAUCCUCGGCUGCUCGCCGCCGCCGCCUGCGGCCCCUGCCUGCCCCGGGCCCCGGGCAUCGCCGCCGCCCGCCGACUCCUCGCCUGGCUCGAUCAGCUCGCUCCUUUUUGAACGGAAAGCAGACCUUCUCCGCCGUGGAUCGUCCUCAGCGUGGCUUCGCGUUCCCGGUCACUUUUUGAGGCUUUCCGGGGGACACUUGGCUUCCUGGAUUCCAGGGGGACUCAGACCGCUGAGCGCGGGGGGCCCGCAGAACGGGCGAGCAGGGGAAGAGCCCACGUUUAGUGGAGGCUCACACAGAGGCAAGAACUUAUUCAACAAGUUUACCCCCCUGCCUUCCUAUUUUCGAUGUGCGUUUUCGGACAUGCGGAGGUUACUGGAACCGUGUUGGUGGAUUUUGUUCCUGAAAAUCACCAGUUCCGUGCUCCAUUAUGUCGUGUGCUUCCCGGCAUUGACAGAAGGCUACGUUGGGUCCCUUCAGGACAACAGACACAGCAGCUCAGCGCAGAUACGGAGGCGCAAAGCCUCAGGGGAUCCAUACUGGGCCUACUCCGGUGCCUAUGGGCCUGAGCACUGGGUGACAUCUAGUGUCAGCUGCGGGGGCCGUCACCAGUCCCCUAUAGACAUUUUAGACCAGCAUGCUCGUGUUGGUGAGGAGUACCAGGACCUGCAACUUUAUGGCUUUGACAAUGAGUCUUCUAACAAAACCUGGAUGAAAAACACAGGGAAAACAGUUGCCAUCCUUCUAAAAGAUGACUAUUUUGUCAGCGGCGCUGGCCUCCCUGGCAGAUUCAAAGCCGAGAAGGUCGAGUUUCACUGGGGCCAUAGCAACGGCUCUGCAGGCUCUGAACACAGUAUCAACGGCAGGCGCUUUCCUGUCGAGAUGCAGAUUUUCUUUUACAAUCCAGACGACUUUGACAGCUUUCAAACUGCAAUUUCUGAAAACAGAAUAAUUGGAGCCAUGGCCAUAUUUUUUCAAGUCAGUCCAAGGGACAAUUCUGCACUGGAUCCUAUUAUCCAUGGGUUGAAGGGCGUCGUACAUCAUGAGAAGGAGACGUUUCUGGAUCCUUUCGUCCUCCGGGACCUCCUGCCUGCAUCCCUGGGCAGCUAUUACCGGUACACAGGUUCUCUGACGACCCCACCAUGUAGCGAAAUUGUGGAGUGGAUAGUCUUUCGGAAGCCUGUCCCCAUCUCUUAUCACCAGCUCGAGGCUUUUUACUCUAUCUGUACCACGGAGCAGCAAGACCACGUCAAGUCAUUGGAGUAUCUGAGAAAUAACUUUCGACCACAGCAAGGUCUGAAUGACAGGGUGGUGUCCAAGUCCGCUGUCCAUGACGCCUGGAACCAUGACAUGACAGACUUCUUGGAAAACCCACUGGGGACAGAGGCCUCUAAAGUCUGCAGCUCUCCGCCCAUCCACAUGAAGGUGCAGCCUCUGAACCAGACGGCGCUGCAGGUGUCCUGGAGCCAGCCGGAGACCAUCUACCACCCGCCCAUCAUGAACUACAUGAUCUCCUACAGCUGGACCAAGAACGAAGAUGAGAAGGAACGGACAUUUACAAAGGACAGCGACAAAGACUUGAAAGCCACCAUUAGCCAUGUCUCACCUGACAGCCUUUAUCUGUUCCGCGUCCAGGCCGUGUGUCGGAAUGACAUGCGCAGCGACUUCAGCCAGACAAUGCUCUUUCAAGCUAAUACCACUCGAAUAUUCCAAGGGACCAGAAUUGUUAAAACGGGAGUGCCCACAGCGUCUCCCGCCUCUUCAGCUGAUAUGGCCCCCAUCAGCUCGGGGUCUUCAACCUGGACGUCCUCUGGCAUCCCCUUCUCAUUUGUUUCCAUGGCGACUGGGAUGGGCCCAUCCUCCAGCGGCAGCCAAGCGACAGUGGCCUCGGUGGUCACCAGCACGCUCCUGGCCGGCCUCGGGUUCGGCGGCGGCGGCAUCUCCUCCUUCCCCAGCACCGUGUGGCCCACGCGCCUCCCAACAGCGGCAGCAGCCAGCAAGCAGGCUGUCAGGCCGGUCCUGGCCACCACAGAGGCCGUGGCCUCUCCCGGCCCAGAUGGCGAUGCAGCGCCAAGCAAGGACAGUGAAGGCACCGAGGAAGGGGAAAAGGAUGAGAAGAAUGAGAGUGAGGAUGGGGAGCGGGAGCAUGAGGAGGAGGGGGAGAAGGACUCUGAGAAGAAGGAGAAGAGUGGGGUGACCCACACCACCCAGGGGCGGGGCCAGGCUGAGCCCACCCCCGUGCCUUCAUCUCCCGGUAGAACUGCCCAGGACAAGGGGCAUCAGACUAUACCUGGGCCCCAGCAAGACCACACUGCCGUCCCCAGUGACCGGCCCAGUGACACAGGGGAUGCGAACCGUGGCCUGGACUCUGAUUUGAUCAGCUCCACCCAAAUGCCCCCCACAGUCACAGAGGGACAUUUUGAGGGGAGUGAUCGCAAGGUUCCUGAAAUGCCAUCUAAAAAGCCUGUGUCCCGAGGGGACCGGUUUUCUGAGGAUAGCAAAUUUAUCACUGUUAAUCCAGCAGAAAAGAACACCUCUGGGAUGAUAGGCCGCCCUUCUCCAGGGAGGAUGGAGUGGAUCAUCCCUCUGAUUGUGGUAUCAGCCUUGACCUUCGUGUGCCUCAUCCUUCUCAUCGCUGUGCUAGUUUACUGGAGAGGGUGUAACAAAAUAAAGUCGAAGGGCUUUCCCAGACGUUUCCGUGAAGUGCCUUCUUCUGGGGAGAGAGGAGAGAAGGGGAGCAGAAAAUGUUUUCAGACAGCUCAUUUCUAUGUGGAAGACAGCAGUUCACCUCGGGUGGUCCCCAAUGAAAGUAUUCCUAUUAUUCCUAUUCCGGAUGACAUGGAAGCCAUUCCUGUCAAACAGUUUGUGAAACACAUCGGUGAGCUCUAUUCUAAUAACCAGCAUGGCUUCUCCGAGGAUUUUGAGGAAGUCCAACGCUGUACGGCUGAUAUGAACAUCACUGCAGAGCAUUCCAAUCAUCCAGAUAACAAGCACAAAAACAGAUACAUCAACAUUUUAGCAUAUGAUCACAGUAGGGUGAAGUUAAGACCUUUACCAGGAAAAGACUCUAAGCACAGCGACUACAUUAAUGCAAACUAUGUCGACGGUUACAAUAAAGCAAAAGCCUACAUCGCCACCCAGGGACCUUUAAAGUCUACAUUUGAAGAUUUCUGGAGGAUGAUUUGGGAACAAAACACUGGAAUCAUUGUCAUGAUCACAAACCUUGUGGAAAAAGGAAGACGAAAAUGUGAUCAGUAUUGGCCAACAGAGAAUAGUGAGGAGUAUGGAAACAUUAUUGUCACACUGAAGAGCACAAAAGUACACGCCUGCUACACUGUUCGUCGUUUUUCAGUCAGAAAUACGAAAGUGAAAAAGGGUCAGAAGGGAAAUCCCAAGGGUCGUCAGAAUGAAAGGGUAGUGAUCCAGUAUCACUACACACAGUGGCCUGACAUGGGAGUUCCCGAGUAUGCCCUGCCAGUCCUGACCUUCGUGAGGAGAUCCUCAGCAGCCCGGACUCCAGAAAUGGGCCCUGUGUUGGUGCACUGCAGCGCCGGUGUGGGCAGGACAGGCACCUACAUUGUAAUAGACAGCAUGCUGCAACAGAUAAAAGACAAAAGCACAGUUAAUGUCCUGGGUUUCCUGAAGCAUAUCAGGACACAGCGUAACUACCUCGUCCAGACUGAGGAGCAGUACAUUUUCAUCCACGAUGCCUUGUUGGAAGCCAUUCUUGGAAAAGAGACUGAAGUAUCUUCAAAUCAACUGCAUAGCUACGUAAAUAGCAUCCUUAUACCAGGAGUAGGAGGAAAAACACGACUGGAAAAACAAUUCAAGCUGGUCACACAAUGUAAUGCAAAAUAUGUGGAAUGCUUUAGUGCUCAGAAAGAGUGUAACAAAGAAAAGAACAGAAACUCUUCAGUCGUGCCAUCUGAGCGUGCUCGAGUGGGUCUUGCACCGUUGCCUGGAAUGAAAGGAACAGAUUAUAUUAAUGCUUCUUAUAUCAUGGGCUAUUAUAGGAGCAAUGAAUUUAUUAUAACCCAGCAUCCUCUGCCACAUACUACGAAAGAUUUCUGGCGAAUGAUUUGGGAUCAUAAUGCACAGAUCAUUGUCAUGCUGCCAGACAACCAGAGCUUGGCAGAAGAUGAGUUUGUGUACUGGCCAAGUCGAGAAGAAUCCAUGAACUGUGAGGCCUUUACCGUCACCCUUAUCAGCAAAGACAGACUGUGCCUCUCUAAUGAAGAACAAAUUAUCAUCCAUGACUUUAUCCUGGAAGCUACACAGGAUGACUAUGUCCUAGAAGUUCGGCACUUUCAGUGUCCCAAAUGGCCUAACCCAGAUGCCCCCAUAAGCAGUACCUUUGAACUUAUCAAUGUCAUCAAGGAAGAGGCCUUAACAAGGGAUGGCCCCACCAUUGUUCAUGAUGAGUAUGGAGCAGUUUCGGCAGGAAUGUUGUGUGCCCUCACCACCCUGUCCCAACAACUAGAGAAUGAAAAUGCUGUGGAUGUCUUCCAGGUUGCAAAGAUGAUCAAUCUUAUGAGGCCUGGAGUAUUCACAGACAUUGAACAAUACCAGUUUGUCUAUAAAGCAAUGCUCAGCUUGGUCAGCACUAAAGAAAAUGGAAAUGGUCCCAUGACAGUGGACAAAAAUGGUGCUGUUCUAAUUGCAGAUGAAUCGGACCCUGCUGAGAGCAUGGAAUCUCUAGUGUGAUUGGAAUCCUGACAGGGCACUUAAUUUGUAAAACUUCUGAAGACUGAGAAUUUUUUGAGGCCUUUUUUGCCAGACUCUAGGUUAUACAAUAACCCGGUUACUUUUUUACACUGAUAAAAGUUUUGAUAUUUAUUUUUUGCCAUUUUAUGUCUUAAUGGUAUCCUACUGAGCAUUUGCACCUCUGUUCAUUUCCCCCAGUGAAACGCAGUUUGACCUAGUUUGCACUAUAUGAUCAGUGUUACUGCCUAUAAUCUAAUACUAAAGCAAAUACUGAUGUGACAUUCCGUAACAACAUACAUGCUACUUUUUUUAGUUCAGUACAGUGAAGGUCGUUGUUAUGACAGUGUAUCUUGGUUUUUUUUAUUAUUGCUAAAGCAAUUGAGUUCUACUAGCAGGUAAUGCUGUAUUUUUUCCUCAGUCCUCCUCUCCUGUUCUUUUUAGACAUUGUUCAAUACUGUAUGCCUUCUAUAUAUUAAUGGAAUGGAUGAGAAUUGUUUUCUUUUAAAGAAUAGCAGGUCAUUGGGAGCUACUAAGAAGGUCUGUCAACUUCACAGCCUUGAAACAGUUCCAUUUAUGAUGGUGAAGACAUCCAUUAAGAAAUUAGAAGGUUUAAGAGUUGCUUCAUGUGAACAUCACUUAUUAGUUACAAACUUAUACUCAUAGCUUAAAAAAAAAACCCAAUUGUGUCAAAAUAAAGGAUAUCUCUGUAUUACAGUUUUCACAGUAGCUAUGUGGACUGUGUGUUAUUUCCAUUUUGACUCUGAAAUAGCUACACCCUAAAAUCAGGGCUAUCUUUUACAAUAGAGCGAUGGCAACAUUUCACACAACUCAAUUAAGAAACCCUCUAGUGACUCUGCAUUAAUGCUUCUUGGUAUGUAACACCGUAUCUCAUGGCAGGGGAAUGACGAAAAUUUUUGCAGGUGUGUAAUUUUGGAACUAGUCCUCUAAAAAUCCCUAUUACUCAUAUAACAAUCUAAUAAAAACUACCUAUAUAGGUAAUAGUCUUUCCUUUUUUGCCAAACGUUUCGUGAUAAAUCUCAUAAUUACACACAUUCUUCUACUUAGGAUUAAUUGAAAAUACUGUAUUAGCAGAAAGUCUUCGGACUAUCUAGACUCCCACACAUGGAUAAAUCAGAUUUGGAGAGAGAAAAUUAGAAUCUUGAGUGAAAGGUGGUAUCUACAUUUUCAAAUAGUUUUUAAGAGGGAGAGAUGAAUUUGUGUGUUUUUGUAUAGUUUAACCUCAAGAACAGAUACACUUCAAUAAAGCAGUCAUUACACAGAGCCCCAGGAAGUUAUUUGGUCUGGCCUGUGGAGCCACAUUCAUGCCACAGUACAUAAGAGGAAAAUUAAGAGCACUAAUAAUGAGCUUCAAUUCCAUUAGAAAAAUAAUCUACCUACUGAGAUCUCAUUCUUAUCUUGCUUUUAAGGGACAACUUCUGUCAGAAGCAAAAUUACCACUAGAACUAUACCUGUUAAGGAGAAAAAAAUGGGUUGGGGUUAUUUUUUAUGUCAAUAAACUUCAACAAAAAACCCACUCUGGCUAUUGUACUACCUUGGUAGCCAUUAGAACAUUAAUGAUAAUCAGCACAUAGGUUCUGUUUCUCUUGUGUUGGCUUUCUAUGAAGUUUGUCAGAACAGUGCUGAAAAGCACCAAAGCUACUAAGUAGGGAGAAGCUACAGGUCGAGAACAGGAGUUCAAUGCAUAGGCAAGGUCAAUGGAGUUUUCAUGAACUACAUAACUUUCCAGGGCUAGGUUAAUCUCAUCUUUUUGAUCACAUAGAUUCAUCAACAGAAUAGCCCACUGUUCACAAACUGUGUAGACUACGGCUUGAGAAAAGGGGUGCAAAUGAGCAAAGUUGGCUAAAUUGUAUGUACUAGAUGAUGCAGACGCCUUUAUAGCCCCUCUGCUCCCAUCAGAGGUGACACAAAGAAGCUCAGCCUGACACUGAAGAAAAAAGCUUGGCCACUGGAACACUAAAACUGCCAGAAGGCUAAAGGGAAUCAGGAAGGGAAGGGUUUCAGAUCAUGGCAAGAGCUAGAGCAUUUUCGUUAAUUAAGUAGGUUACUUUGGUUGUAUAGAGUAUUGAUAUGAGCUAUUUCCAGUAGUUAGCACAGUGGACUUGACUUGCAGAAGUAAUGUUCAAGUUGGGGUUCAUAGGUUGGAGUCAUGGUCCUUAAGUAAUUUUUCUCUUAAUAUAAAAGUAAACUUUGGAAGACACACUGCAAGUAUUCCCUCCGGUGCUAUUUACUGUGGUCUCGGUUCAUGGAACUGCAUACCCUCCAAUAUAAUUCUGUGACCAUCUCUUAUGAGGCCAUCAGAAACAUGAUAAAAGAGAGAGCUAGUAAAUAGAACAGAAAGGUUACAUGGAUGGUUUAGAAGUUUUCUGUGAGAAAGUUUGUCUAUAGCAGGCCUGAACCAAAGUCUAUACAAAUGCUGACCCACUGAACUACAAGCAAUUACUCUUCGUCCAUCUUGCCAAAGUGAUCCCAACAUACUUCAUUUAGGAUAGUUAUAUUUAGAAAUUCCUCACUCUCACUACAGAGUGUAUUCUCACUAUUAUCCUUCAUUUGUUAUUGGCAGAACUAUGCUUACAUCUUUCCCAAGGCAGAGCUUCAAAUAUGGUGUUUUCUUUGAACAUAAGCACAUUGCUGAACUGCAGGACAAGGUUAUCACCACUUGCACUCAGGGGGAAAGGAAAUAGCUAUUGCAAAUUAAUGUGUGCUAUUUUAUAAAAUAAGCGUAUUGGCUAUAUGAAUUUAGCUUUAGGUAAAGAGAAUGCACACAUUGUAGAAACUUGAAUUGCAAUGAUCAGACCAAGUGGCUGUGCUGGACAUCAGAGAAAAAACAACUUAUUUCCAUCAGAAGAACUCUUUCCUGCAUCCAAAAGCCACUUUCUCUCUCUCUCUCUCUCUCUCUCUCUCUCCC